GUGUCUUUCUCUGUGUACAUCGAUGUAUAUAGCCUUCCUUCCUUCCCCCCUCCAUUUGUUAACAACUCACAAGCAUUUUUGCAGUGUGUAAUGUUUGAAGGAGCUCGAUUAGAGCCGGAGCUAUAGCCUUGCAAUUUGCUUGUCAGUUUUGUCUUCUGGGCUUUGAUCGAUUGGGUGGUUGUCAGGAAAGAAAUUGAAUUAGUUGAUCGGACGGAAAAAGUUUGAGAGAUGGCCGGCGGGAGCAACAUGGAGCGGACUUUGGAGGAGACGCCCACUUGGGCUGUCGCCGCCGUGUGCUUUGUGCUGGUCGUCAUUUCCAUCUUCAUCGAACAGCUGAUCCAUCUCGCCCACAAGUGGCUGCACAAGUUGCACAAGCCAGCUCUAGUGGAAGCGCUGGAGAAAGUGAAAGCGGAGCUGAUGCUGCUGGGUUUCCUGUCGUUGCUGCUCACAGUGUUCCAAAGCCCAAUCUCGAGUAUUUGCGUCUCCGAAAGCAUUGGAGCUACCUGGCAUCCUUGCACCAAGAAACAAGAGAAAUCAGAGGAUUCAGGGGACGGCGACGAGGACCGCCGCCGCCGUCUUCUCCAGUUUCUGGAUCCUGAAGUGAGCGUUAGGCGAAUCUUAGCCACCAAAGGCGUUGACAAGUGUACAGAGAAGGGAAAAGUAGCGUUUGUGUCGGCCUAUGGUAUCCAUCAGCUGCAUAUAUUUAUCUUCGUGCUGGCAGUUUUCCACAUCCUUUACUGCAUCCUCACCUAUGCACUGGGCAGAACCAAGAUGAGAAAGUGGAGGCAAUGGGAGGAUGAAACCAAGACACUUGAGUAUCAGUACCAUAAUGACCCAGAGAGAUUUAGGUUUGCAAGGGAUACAUCUUUUGGGCGUCGCCACUUGAAACUAUGGAGCAAGUCCACAAUUCUUCUUUGGAUUGUCUGCUUCUUCAGACAGUUCUUUAGAUCAGUGACCAAGGUGGAUUACAUGACCCUGAGACAUGGGUUUAUCGCGGCACAUUUGGCACCUGGGAGUCAGAGCAGAUUCAACUUCCAGAAAUACGUCAACAGAUCACUCGAGGACGACUUCAAAGUUGUUGUAGGGAUCAGUCCGGUUCUGUGGUUUUUUGCAGUGCUGUUCCUGAUGUCGAACACACAUGGAUGGUUUGCUUAUCUCUGGCUACCCUUCAUUCCACUAAUUAUAAUCCUGGUGGUGGGAGUAAAGCUUCAAGUGAUCAUAACCCAGCUGGGACUCAGAAUUCAGGACAGAGGCGAUGUGGUUAAAGGCGCACCUGUGGUUCAACCAGGAGAUGACCUCUUCUGGUUCAGCAGCCCUCGCCUCAUUCUCUCCCUCAUCCAUUUCUGCCUCUUCCAGAAUGCAUUCCAGCUCGCCUUCUUCAUUUGGAGUGUGUACGAAUUUGGAAUCAAAACUUGCUUCCACGAGAAGACCGAGGACAUUGUCAUCCGAAUCUCCAUGGGGGUGAUGAUCCAAGUGCUGUGCAGUUACGUGACCCUGCCGCUGUACGCACUGGUCACACAAAUGGGUUCCACCAUGAGGCCAACCAUCUUCAACGACCGAGUGGCGACGGCGCUCAAGAACUGGCACCGGACGGCGAGGAGGCAGACCAGACACGGCGGCACGCCGACGUCCAGCCGGCCCCAGACGCCGAGCCACGGCAUGUCCCCUGUCCACCUCCUCCACAACUACCGGAGCAGCACGGCCCCCGACAGCCUCAUGAACUCUCCGGCGAGGAACUCCAACUUCGACGCUGAUCAGUGGGACCCGGAGGCCCUGAACUCGCCGGUCCACCAUAACUACAGCAGCCACGGCGGCAGUGGAAGCGGCGCCGGCGGGCACCGGGAGUACUCCGAGGAUCAGUUCCAGCACAACAUGAGUUUGAGGCAGCCGAAGCAGCAGCAGGCGGCGGAGGAGGAGGGGGACGAGGAUGUGGUGGUGGCGGUGAGGAAUAUAGAGCAGGUGGUGGUGGCGGCGGAGGAGAUGCGGCUGCCGCCGGGGCCCGGAUCGAUCAGGACGCAGCAUGAGAUGAACAUUGGGUUGUCGGAUUUCACGUUCAGGAAAGGGUAGAGAGAUUAGUGCUGCUUGUUCAAAUCUUUUUGUUAUUUUGUUCUUUGGCGUUGGGGAUCGGAUUUUCUCAUUUUUUCGGUUUGCAGUUGGAGGGGGAAGGUACAUUCUGUUGUACAUGAUGAUAGAAUCGAAAGCAUGUGAUGUAUAGAAUUGUUGUACCGAAGAAGUAAGAGCAAGGAAGAAACCCAGGCACAUUUUCUCUUUUUAGCUUUCAAACUGGCG